AUGAGAAAUCAUUUGGCAGUAACAACAUUCAUCCUGCUGGGACUGACAGAUGAUCCCAAACUACAAAUUCUAAUUUUUGUACUGUUUUUUCUCACCCACAUGCUGAGUGUGGCUGGGAACCUCACCAUUAUUACCCUCACACUUUUGGAUUCCCAUCUUAAAACUCCGAUGUAUUUUUUUCUCCGCAAUUUCUCCUUCUUGGAAGUCUCAUUUACCACUGUCUGUAUUCCCAGAUUCCUGUACACUACGGCAAGUGGAGAUAAAACUGAUAGUUAUAAUGCUUGCACCACCCAAUUAUUUUUUGUUGUCUUCUUUGGAGCGACAGAAUUUUUUCUCCUGGCUGCCAUGUCCUACGACCGCUAUGUGGCCAUCUGCAAACCCCUGCAUUACACCACCGUCAUGAGCAGCAAAGUCUGCACUACGCUUGUUCUCUGCUGUUGGUUUGCUGGCCUGUUGAUUAUCCUCCCCCCUGUCGGCAUAGGCCUUCAGGUGGAGUUCUGUGACUCGAACGUGAUUGAUCAUUUUGGCUGUGAUGCCUCUAACCUUCUGCAGAUAACCUGCUCAGACACGACGUUCAUAGAGAAAAUUGUCUUGAGUUUUGCCAUCCUUACGCUCAUUAUUACUCUGGUCUGUGUUGUUCUCUCCUACACGUAUAUCAUCAAGACCAUUCUAAAAUUCCCUUCCACCCAACAAAGGAAAAAGGCCUUUUCCACCUGCUCCUCCCACAUGAUUGUGGUUUCCAUCACCCACGGGAGCUGCAUCUUCAUCUACAUCAAACCUUCAGCAAAGGAAGGAGUAGCCAUUAAUAAAGUGGUGUCGGUGCUCACUACUUUGGUUGCUCCUUUGCUUAACCCGUUCAUUUACGCACUUCGGAACAAACAAGUGAAAGAAGCUUUCAAAAACACAGUGAAACAGAUUGUAUUUCUCACAAGGAAGUGA